GAUCGACUGACUACGAACAUUAAAAUCGACAUUCAAAAAAAAAGGACAAUUAUAUUCUCAACUACAUAACGAAUAUUUCCACGAAGAUAUUGUCCAACUUCCCCGUACGCAACCCGACAAGAGGAAAAUGCCUGCACCAACAGCUUUGUUGAGGAGACCGGAAGAGCUUGCUGAAGCUACUAAUGUGCCAGCACCCGAUCAAAAUCAAGAUGAUGAAUUUUUAUUAGAUGCACCAGAAGUUACUUCCGCAGAUUUGGAUACUAUCUUGCCUCCAGCCACCGACAACAGCGAGAUGCACAUUGAUGAAGAAGGACGACCUCGAUUUGCACCAGCCAAGAAUAUUGACCCAGCAACCCGAGUCGAAACUCGAAAAGUUCCCAUUCCUCCACACCGAAUGACACCUCUCAAAGCCGCCUGGCCUAAGAUUUACCCUCCUCUCGUCGAGCAUCUCAAACUCCAAGUCCGCAUGAAUAUCAAAAACAAAGCCGUUGAACUUCGCACCUCCAAACAUACUACCGAUACCGGAUCUUUACAAAAGGGCGAAGAUUUCGUCAAGGCCUUUUCGUUAGGUUUCGAUGUUGAUGAUGCUAUUGCAUUAUUACGACUUGACGAUCUUUACAUCCAGACUUUUGAGAUUAAGGAUGUCAAGACACUGCAAGGCGAGCAUUUGGGAAGAGCCAUUGGCCGUAUCGCAGGCAAGGAUGGAAAGACCAAAUUUGCAAUUGAGAACGCAAGUCGGACAAGAGUGGUUCUUGCAGAUAGCAAAAUCCACAUUUUGGGAGGCUUCAAGAACAUUCACAUUGCGAGAGAGGCCAUUGUUAGUCUGAUUUUGGGUAGCCCACCUGGAAAGGUUUACGGUAAUUUAAGAACCGUUGCUAGCAGAAUGAAGGAGAGAUUUUAAAAGCUAGAAGGCAUCGGCUAGACUUACGACAUGGAAUUUCAUUUACUAGGCGUUGCGGUGGUGUUUGGGGAAGGGAAUAUACAGGGAAAAGUAUCAUUCUGGCAUUCACGAAUGCAUUAUAUGUUCCUAUUUGAGCUCAUGUAGAUUGGGAGAGGAUGUAUAGUAUCCAAAAAUUUUCAGAACUUAAUCGGAGCUCCUUUGCCCAUAAUAAUCUCAUAUAAGCGAACAUGUGAAGAAAAUAUGAGAUCUAGUUUAAAAGAUGUUGAUGUUGAUUUUCUUAGCUGUCCUGCAUAUUCGAAGAUUUAAUUUCAUCAUACCUGGAGAAUAGCAACACUCAUCUUUGCCAUUUUCUGACAUCUUAUGCCUACACCAAUAUUGGACUUGUCCA